CGGUUGCGAUGUAAUUUAAUAUCCGUGUAGUAAGUAAAAUGCUUGCAGUUUUUACCAGUUUUACUCAAUCGAAAGUCCUGAUUAUAGACGUCUCGACGAGAUCCAAGGUGUGCGGUGCCUUUUCCCUUUUCCAAGAAAUCCAACAUAGGGAGUUGGAUUUUAUGCCUGUGAUAAAUCAGUGACAGAAAGGGGUUCGGCUUGGUUAACUCUGAAGAUGCCACAGUAGUGAAUGUGAUGUUUGCGGAACGCUGCCACAGUCAAAAGUUGUCAUAAACUUGGACUGGCGUCUGAACUGAGUCAGCAUCAUUACGGACAAUUUCCUGUUCACAUUUUGCUCUCGGGGCACAAGUUCUGUGCCUACUGUUGCCUGGCACGGGACAACCAUCCCGUUAAGGGUAGCCCCGGCCUGCAGGGUUCACUCAGUAAAGGAUAGGGGAAACCACAUUGAUGCGCUGGCCGUAAGAAGCUUCAGGAUACAAACAUGACUAUGGGGUAAAUAAGACAAAUAAAUAUUGUCCAAACAUGGCUCCUGUUAGUCAUACAUCGUCCCGAAGUCUGCUUGAACAGACAUUGCUUUCCAAUGAGUGUAACCGGGCCAAGUUUGACAUGGAGAGGUCUAACAGAGAACUUCCGGCCGUCGCUGAUGGAAACGCUUGCUGUGGAAUCAUGGCUUCCAACAAGUUCCUGUGAGUCUGAUUCAGGCGUUUUCCCCCCUUUUUUUCUUUUUCCCCCUCCCUGUCCCCUCCAAGUCAACCUACAAUGAUUACACUUCCUGCUCUUCAGUCUUGGCUAGGGCACGAGCUGGAAACGCGGGGCAUCGAUGCCGUCAUCUACACCCGUUACAUCCUAAGCAUUCUCCAGCAGGACGGCUUCGAGCCCGAGACCGAUUGUGACCGCUUCAUCCCCAAGAAGGAUGUGAGGUCAGCAAAGGCCAAAGGUCACCAGUAUAAAUUCCGCAAGUCGUGGACGGCGGAUGACUGGAAGAAGUAUGCAGUCCUAGAGUGCCUGCAAGCUGUUACAGAAAAGGAUUGUGGCAUUGAAAGCCUAGUGGAAGAGCUCUGCGUUAAACUGAAACGAGUGAAGGAGGAACGUGAUAGAGGAACCAAGGAUGGAGUGGGUAGCAGUGAAGAUGACCCUUCCUCGUCGAUGAAGCCAACAACCAAACUUGCCCGACAAGAAAAUCCUGCAACUCAAGCUGCAAAGUAUUACCAAGCUUUUCCAGCUCUGAGUGACAAGACUAAUACUAUGUUGAUGUCAGAGUCCAAGCCGCAGGGAGCAUGGGGAGCCAAGAAGUCUCCAGAUGGUCAGCAUGCUAAGGACAGGAGAGUCACUAAAAGUGUGUCAGCCUCGACUUCCAGAGGAAGCCGGUCUCCGACAAGGAAGCAUCAGCGAGCAAAGAGCCUUCCGAACAGUGUGAGCCACCGUGUGGAAAGCCCGGUGUUCGUGGUUCCAAAAUAUCAUAUCAAGAAAGGUUCCGGGAGAAAGGAGGCAGACGGGGGAAGGCCAUUGGCCCCGAGGAGUAGGGACAGGAAAGGAAAAAUUGGGGAGAGGGUUUGUAUUGUGACCAGUCAAGCAAGUCAGAGCAGCCAGCAACAUUGGCAGGCCAGUGACCAGCCGAUCGUCUUGGAUGUGAGUCCUACUCAGGUUCCAGAAUUUGAAGAAGAUUUUGAAGAUGUUGUGGUGGAUGAAAAGGAGAUCAGCUGGUACACAGAGCCUAUUGUGGCAGUCCUUGAUCAGGGCAAGCACUUAAGCAAGCUUCAGACCGUUUACAAAUCAGAUCCCUCUAGUCCAUCAGUGAAGACACCAACCAGUGAGAAUAGUUUGGAUGAGGCUGUCAGCUCACUGGCAGAAAGUCUUUGUCGCAACAUUUUUGAAGAUGAUGUGUACAAAUCGGUUGAAAAUCUGUCAAGUUGCGGUCUGAUGCAGGCAGGACUAACACCAGAAGGUCCUGGAGGUAGUCCAUGCGUAGCUCCACAAGAUACAACAGUUCAAGGCAUCCUUGAGGGUGAUUCUGCUGAAAGGGGUAGACAUGGAGAUAAGCCUGAUCUGUUGCCUUUGUUGGACUCUUGUAUGUUUGAUCAGUACGCUAGUCAAGGAAGGAAUACUUCAGCUCUUCAGGCUAUGCCGUUGUUAGUGGUUGACAGCCAGACCAGUCUGGGUAGGCUUCAGGGCCUGCCAAAUGAAGAUCAGGAGGUAGAUGGAAUACCAAAGCAGACAUCUGCUUCUGCAAAACAAGAGUAUUGGAGACAGGACGAGGUGCUUGCCACUGACCUGAUUGGGGGUGCUUGCAAUCUUUCCUCCAUAUGGGAUCAGGAUAUUCAACCUCCAAAGGAACCGUGGGAAAGAUCUCCACUGAAGAUGCCUUCAUCUGUAUGGGAAGACAACAAGAGCAUAAAUGAAGGGGAAAGUUUGGAUCAAGGGAUCAACAGUCCAGCAGAGUUGAGGGGUAGCAACCAGGAUUUGCCAGAAGCCCUUAGAGUCUUGGUAGAUCAUGGGAAGGUAGCAAGGGGUCCAAUAGGGUCAGCACGAGAGGAAGGAUCACUGCUUCGUAUUUGCAGUCCAACCCACAGCCACCACCAGUGCUCCACCACUUCAGCCCUAAGUAGCGAGUUCAGACCAGGUAAUUUCUCCUUUUCAGAGGAAGCAUUCAGCCAUGACACCUCUCUGCCAAGUCCUAACAGCGUUCUAUCUUGUUGUAGUGACACAGGAAGCCCUUUCUUCUCUGAGAGUGAGCAAGACUCUCUCGCAAAGGGGAUCAAGUCAGCUUACAAUCUGGAUGAGUCAACACCAACGGCCGAUGACACCCAGCAUUUUGAUAUCAAUAGUGCUUUGUGGUCUACCUAUGAUGCUCAGCCUCGAUACCCACACCUUCCCAAAAUAGUUCGCUGGAAUGAUGGAAUCUUUCAAAGGGAUGCAGUGUUUAGGAGAAGGAAGAAUUCCUUCAUCGAAGGUGGUGUGUAUGGGAGUCCGUACAGCAGUCAGAAUAACAGUCACUAUAACAGCUGCAGCACUAGUCCCUGCGAGAGCAGCAGUCUGCGGGAUCUUUGGAAUCCAUCCUCAGUUCAAGAGGUGUCCUCCCUGGUCUCUUCAAUGCAAGAAUUGAUCACCUCCGAGUCUGGAUCUAAGGCUCAGCUGUCAGAGUCUAGACUGAGUGAUUGUUCCUCGCGGAGAAGCAACAUGACCCCAGAGAUGAUGCUGGAUUCCUCUCAGCAGGAUGAGCAGAGCUUGAUCGAAGACAGUCUGAUGGACAGCCCAGUCUUUAUCUGCUCUAGGAGUUCCUCCAGAUUUGAGUUUGCCCGCAGUGUCAGUGAUCUAGACGGCAGUCUUAGUCCUGGUACUGAAACAGAUGAGAUGGUGUCAGAGGCAGAGUUACUUGAGGAAGCUUUGAAGGAUGUUGGUGAGAUGGAUGAAACAUACAAGUGCAAUAAGAAAGAGGGAAGUGGUGGUCAAAUUACCAAAGAAGAAGGGGAAUCCAGUGACUCCCACAAGCAGAGUUUCCCAACGGAUGGCAGUUCUCAGGAGCUUACCCCGUCCUGGAUGACCCCACCUCAUCAAGGUGGUGCUGCCGGCUUCUCUGAUGAUCUCUGCUCUGACAAGAGUCCGGGUUCUCUGAGCCUGACUGGAAUUGUUCCUUCAAUAAGUAAGCCAGAGGCCGUUAGGAAGGGACUACUCAAUUUUGAUCUUGCGGUGGGUGGGUCAAGUCCAAAGCGACAACAGACCCCUGAGGUUGAUGGUAGCUUGGAUUUACUCAUUUCUCCGAAGACGCAUUUCCGGCCGAUCCAUGCGACGAUAUCUCCUGACAACUCAUCUGGGGAUGAAGUUCCUGGGAAAGAACUCAACCGAACAAGAGGCCUCUUGGAUUCCUCACAUGUUGGGAGUUUUGGGGAUUCUCACGUCAGUAAAGUUGUUGGGAGUGCACCUCACAAGUCGCCCCAACUAAUCUCUGGUGAACAGUGGUCAUGGUCUGAACCGUCCAAUUUCCAAGGAGGAAGUCCUAAUCUUGGCGGCAGACUUGAUGAUGUAUCUUGUGUCAAAGGUCAAUUUCAUGGACAUAAACCAAAGUAUGAGAACUUGUCGUGGGUCAGCGGACAACGUCGAGAUGUUAAGAUUAAAGCAGUCAGUGAAAACGGUCCAAAGGAUGCACUUUGCGGUGCUGAGUUCAAACCUUCUGUGAAUCUGGACUACGAAGGGCAGAUUUUCCCGUUCGACGACGAAGCUUUUCUUCAAGGAGAGGGGUUGAGUGAUUCAGAUAGUAGCAACCUGAAGCCUCUGUACUCGUCCGACCUGGAAGAGAAAUGGCUGAGGGAGGCAGCGGGAGAUGCAAACCAAAGCAGACCACCUUGGAGAAAACACAGACGGAAAGCAGCCGUUCGUAAAAAGCCGUGUAGUUUCUUCUUGGAGGGAAAGUGUCGUAGGACGGAGUGCCCAUUCGCUCAUGAUGUCAGCGGCAUCACAUGUCGCUUCUGGGAGGAGGAACAGUGCUUCAAGGGAGAGGAAUGUCCAUUCCUGCAUGGCUAUCCGAGUAAAAUACCGUCAAAAGACAGGAGUGUAGUCUUUGAAACCAACCUUGGGGAAGAAGGCUCCCCCCAAAACACGGACAGAGAUGGUCUUGAGUCCUCACUUCAUCUUGAGCAGAUGAAUCCUGCCUCUCCGAUUACAGCUUCAGAGGGCGCCAUACCCAUCCCUACCAACAGUUGUAACUCUGCAAAGUAUGGUCAAGAGGGGUCUAAUUCUAGCCCUCGCCACCCUAGGUCUCUACCAAUUCGUAUUACGAAACGCAGGUGACAUUUGCCCUCUCAUUAGCACUUUGUAUAAAUAUUUAUUUUGUAAAUAUUUUAUUUCUUGUAAAGAGAUAAAAAGACCCCUUGCAUAUGUCACAAACUCAAACAGCACCCUCAAAGAGGUAAAAUAAUACAGGCAUACAAUUUUUCAGAUGAUCGGCUGAUUUCUUC